GCCAUGCUGGUCCAUUAAGUCAUAUCGCCUAUGGACAUGCUCAGAUCUACUCCUACAGCGACCGGACAGAAGACUUUCCAAAGCCAUAACGAAAUACGAACAAAGACUAUACAAGAAGUAGGAGUACGCCAAUCCCACUGCAAAAUGCUUGUUCAGGCUACACUUGAAGCUGCGGAUGUGGUGAGCUGCAGGAGGACUCGACCUACCGCGCCUGGGCCAGCUUGCGGCCGUCAUAGAUCGUUAUUGCCGGGCGAGCUACCUACCUACAUGGCACCAAUGAUGAUGGUGCGACGGCGAAGGGGCGAGCACGGCGUUCGUUCCUGGCCUUAAUGAGCAGGAGUGGGCGCGCUCCCGCGCUUCCCCCCGCCGCUCGUUUCACGCGCGCAAGCUCGUCGUUUCGGGCCCGCCAGGCCGCUCCUUCGCUCGCGUCACCCCGCGUUUCGAAGUGCCAGCAGUGCCAGCCAGCCUGGCCGGCAGUUGGGAGAGCCUGGCCUUCUUACAGUAGGCAGGCCCUCACCCUCGCCCUCGCCCACCCUCAUGCUCCGACGAGCGCUGCUCACGCUGCUGCUGCUGCUGCUGCUGCUGCUGCUGCCGAUCACUGCAUAUCCGCGCCCAGCGGACCACGCACGCACGCUCGCUCGCUCGCAAGCUACAGAUCGCAUCUCACGCCCCAUGUCGUGCACGGCAUGCAGCACGACGCUAAGCGCCAAGGCCGGCCAGCAGCCCUCAUGCCAGUCAAUGGGUCGAGGUGCGUGCAUGCAUGCGUGCUGCGGUGCGACGACACCUGCCGCUUGCGACUGCUGCGCGUAGGGCGCCUGGGCGGGUCGGCGGGUUGCGUGUGCCAAGCGUUGCGUGCGCUACGGCGGCGGUGGUGGUGUUGGUGUUGGACUGGUUGUGAGGUGAGGGUAGCCAGGUAUCGUGCUGCCUUGCACGGAGCUGGUUGUGCGAGUGGGGGCUUGUGGCGGGUGGGGGCUUGUGGCGGGUGGGGUUGCGGUGAUGUAGGUGUGGGUGUGGGUGAUGUGUGCUGGGUGCUGGGUGCUGGUGGUGGGUAGGGCGGUGUGCGUGGUGUUGUGAGGGUAGGUAGGUGAGUGAAUGAGUAGACGGGAUGGGUGGGUGGGUGUGGGGGUUGGGGGUAGGAGGUAGGUGGUGUGCGUAUAGGUAGGUUGACUAGGUAGUAGGCAAGUACCUGGGCA